UAUCUCCCCUCAACAAGUUAAACCAAAAUAACAAUAACCCAAGACCAAGAACCACUACACAAUCCUAGCCUUAACUUAUUAAUUUAGUGCUCCAAAUUAAACUUUGCAUCAUCUCCAUGGCUGCCAUGAACUCCUCUAGUGUAUUGGCUUGUAGCUACGCCAUUUCGGGUGGCGCUUCCAGUUCCGAGCUCAGUGGCAAGAUUACUUCCUUGCCCUCUGUCUCCACCAAGUUGCCUGUGAUAAAGGUGAAGGCCCAGCAAGAGAGAGCCCCCAAAGCCAUGAAAGAAUCUGAAUUGGGAACAAGAAGAACCGCUCUUGUUUACUUGGCAGCCACACUUUUUGGCACUGCAGCUGCUGCUUCUUCUGCCAAUGCUGGUGUCAUUGAAGAUUACCUUGAGAAGAGCAAGGCCAACAAGGAACUGAAUGACAAGAAAAGGUUAGCUACUAGUGGAGCAAAUUUUGCAAGAGCAUACACGGUGCAAUUUGGCACUUGCAAAUUCCCUGAGAACUUCACUGGUUGCCAAGAUCUUGCCAAGCAAAAGAAAGUGCCAUUCCUUUCUGAUGAUUUGGAGCUUGAAUGUGAAGGAAAGGACAAAUACAAGUGUGGUUCUAAUGUUUUCUGGAAAUGGUGAGACUGAAAGGAAUCAAGCUGGGCAACAAUUUCCGAUUCAGUUGUUGAUCUCUUUGAAAUAUGUACCAUACUUCUUCGAUCUCCUUCAAAAAAUUACUAAUUAAAAUGCUUUCUUUUUGCUACGUA